GUAUACAUGCACAGUCUACAAGGCAUCAUAUUUCCUCACCGGCCAUCGAAUAUCGCCAAAAAGCGGAUACUCUGCCCUUCGAUCUUUUCAGUAGAAUCCACUCUACCACCGCUGCCGAGUGCCCUCAAGAAUGAUGCGCAUGCCUCGUAGGAACAACAGUCUGGAGGCCCGAUCUCUGAUCUCUCUGAUCACGAACGCAGCCCCAGCUCCGCCGCCACCACGGGGCAAGCUAUCAUCAAACCGGUUUCUUUCACUUCACCGGGGCGGAAAUGGCCGCCAUCCUCUCCCUCUCUACACCGCCCACUCCCACUCCCCGACUCCUCCGCCUGCCCGCUUCUCCCUUCAAGGGCAACUUAAGGAGUCUCAGACCCCCCAGCUCUUCGCCCUUCCCAUUCCUAUCAGCACCCAGGUCUCGCCUCGUCGGAAGGAAAGCAGAGAGGCCCUCCUCCUCGACGCCUGCAGCUCCUCCCGAGCGCCUGCUCUUGCUCCUCCCGAGCGCUCCCGGCUCAACAACCUGCAACCCCCCGCGCCCCCCCCCCCAGCCCGGAUCGAGGAAGAGGAACAAGCGGAAGGCGCGGGGAAUCGCGGCCGGCCAGGGGAACAGCUGCGGGUUUGGUAUGAGGGGCCAGAAGUCGAGGUCCGGGCCCGGCGUCCGUAAGGGCUUCGAGGGUGGACAGAUGCCCCUCUACCGUCGAAUCCCCAAGCUCCGUGGAAUUGCUGGAGAUGUAUACACAUAUCAAGAUUUUUCUGAAAAUGAAAUUAUGGGCAUCAGGUUUUAAGGCAAUUACAGCAAUCAAUCAAUACUCUACAGCCAAGUACUCGCUUAGGAGGGUCUUCUGCUCAUGUGGGAUCCCCUCAUAGUGACUUCCCUUCAAGUUCUAUGCAAGAAAGUUGGAGGAACCACAGUUUCACCAACAGAAUAAUUCAAGACAGUGAUCCAUUAAAACAGAGGUUCGAAUAGGAUCAAAUUGAAUAUAACUUGAUGCUAAGAAAGUGCAUGAUAGUUUUGUAACACCUUUCAAUCCAAAGUAAGUACCACAGCAAAAUGCAACCUGCCAAACAGGAAGUAGUCUUUCACUUGAUGCGAUCUUUGUGCUCCAGAAUUUGCCCUAGCUUACUGCUGGCGUCUUCCUGUUCCCUGCUUUUUGGUGCAGAGUAUAGUGCUUAACAUGCCAUCAUUCUAUUUCUACCUUACCAGCCAGGCACAUAAAGGGCUACAACGAUCUGGUGUAAACAACAAUUUUUUAGAACCUAGGUAGAUCUGGAACCUAAUCUGAUUUAGUUAAAUGCUUCUAAUUAUACAGAAGAUAAUAUUUGAAAUCCUGCGGUUUUCUUUUUUCAUAUAUUGUUAUUUCUCAUGAUGUUAUUUAGAACCAGAAGCUAGAAAAAAGAAUAUUGCCACUCUUUUUUGACAUGUUACUCUUCUAAUGUUGUGGCACAAUAGAGUAUUGCCUCAUUAAUUAAGAGGCUAUGCAACAAUAUAAUCUAAAGCAGCUUGAAAGUACUUAGGAAAUCAACCAAUCUAGGCCAUCACCAGCAAGGCAUAAAUUGUGCCAACAACAAGAUAAUGCUUACAUGUCAGCAUAAUGAUUCUGAAAUAAAAGUCCCUACUUCCUCUAUGAUGCGCGCCACACUUGCUUGAAGGUGAUGUAGAAAUUUUCCCAUCGAGAACUUGGAAACCCCAACUAUGAAUAAUAUUUGAUGAGUUUCUUUGUAUCCCUCAUGGCCGCUGCCAGAUUAUAAUGAAAAAUGCAGCCUUAUCGCCUCCAUAGUUUGUUUUCUUCUUCUUCUCUUUUCUUUUGUGGAACCUAAUAUGCAAUUCCAUAACUUCCUCUCAUGGCGACUACCCAACUGUAAUUUUAAAUUUUUCUUAAUGCGAAAAUACGCAAUUUCGUUUCCUCUCUUGUUUAUUUAGACAUAUAUUUCUUAAAGAACUUCUUAUACAAAGAAAUUUCAAAAUUAUGCUCUUUGUUUGUAAAUGUACUUUUAAGCGUGCUCUUGUUUCUUCAAUUUCUGUUCUUUUGCUGCAGUGCUUUCUUAUCAUAUUUCUCUCAAUAUAUAAUUAAAUCCCAAUGAGGUUAUGUAUUAACCGAUUAUGGUAGAAGGCCACAAGAAUCGUACAAGCAGUUAUCUAGCAUUUAAGGCAUAUUUAACACUUGCUUAGGUUGUUUUCUAAUUACCGGAUUACCCGAACACAGUAGUGAAGGUGUACUCAUAUAACUACAUGGAUUGCAUUUUCAGACUCUCCAUUUUCAAUAUUACUAAAUUCAAAUGAGGUUACGUAUUAAUCAGAGUAGAAGGCAAGAAGAAUCAUACAAGCUGUUAUAUUAGAUUUCCCACUUGCUCAGCUUGUUUUCUAAUUACUGGAUUACUUGAACACAGUAGUGAAAGUGUACUCAUGUAAUUACUACGGAUUGCAUUUUCGGACUCUUCAUUUUUAUUUUAUUAUCACUGCCUACUCAAGUUUCUUGCAACUAGAUACAGUGCAAGAGCCUUGAGUCUUUAAUCUGGAAAAAAAAAGAGAAAAAACCAACAAAAGUAUCACCAGAAUGGACUCUUUAAUAUACUAGUUUCGAUAAUGUCAGAUGAUUCACAUGCCGGCAAGACAUUAAACUCCAGAAUAAUAUCUUGUUUGCUUCCAUGUAUAUAAAUAAGCAAAACACCAAGUCAUCAAACGAAUGCAUUGCACACUUCAUGUGGUAUGAUCUCCAUCAUCAAUUUACCAGGUCCCUGAAAAGAAUGACUCAAGAAGCAAAAUUUAAUACUAAUUAGACAGUCCCGAAAUUCUCUCCUCUCAUCAUAUAUCUUAUCAUUGUGUAAAUACAAGAUAAUUUUAGAAAGGAAAACACAAGUCACCAUCUUGAUUUAUUAGAACUCAAAUUCCUUCUAUUAUUUCUAGAUCAAAGGCAUCUUUACAAUGACGACAUGAAAAUGGCACCAACCGUGCGUACUAGCAAAAAAACUAGGCACAGUCAGCCGCAUCUGAUUAAGGUUUGGUUCCAUAAAUAAGCCCACCUAUUUCACGGCAGUAAAAACAAUAAAAACAGCAAAUCUGGAGCGAGAGAAUAAAAA